AUGUCGGACGUCAAGAUGCAGGUGGACAACCCACAGGAGACAGUAGAGUUGAUUAAGCAGGGUGAGAUCGAUGAGUCCCUGUAUAGUCGGCAGCUUUAUGUGCUUGGCCACGAGGCUAUGAAGCGCAUGGGUUCGUCCAACGUGCUUGUUGUCGGUCUCAAGGGCCUUGGUGUGGAAAUUGCCAAGAACAUUGCCCUCGCCGGUGUCAAGUCCCUCACCCUCUACGACCCCGCACCCGUCGCUAUCUCCGAUCUGUCUUCCCAGUUCUUCCUCCAAUCAAAAGACGUCGGCAAGCCCCGUGCUGAAGUCACCGCGCCCCGAGUCGCCGAGCUCAACUCUUAUGUCCCCGUUACAAUUCAUGAGGGCAAGAAUCUCGUGGAUGAUCUGGAGCAACUGAAGCGCUACCAAGCGGUUGUACUGACACUUACACCUCUGAAGGAGCAGCUGGUGAUCGCAGACUUCUGCCAUAAGAAUGGAAUUUAUGUGACAAUUACGGAUACCUUUGGCCUUUUCGGUUACCUCUUUAACGACUUCGGAAAGAACUUCACAGUCGGCGAUCCUACUGGCGAGGAGCCAGUGAGCGGAAUUGUCGCCGACAUUGCCGAGGAUGGCCUCGUGUCUGCUCUGGAUGAGACUCGGCACGGACUAGAGGAUGGCGAUUUCGUGACUUUCACCGAGGUUAAGGGUAUGGACGAAUUGAACGACAGUGCACCCCGCAAAAUCACGGUUAAGGGACCUUACACCUUCACUAUUGGCGAUGUGUCCGGCCUUGGCUCCUACAAGGGUGGUGGUAUCUACACCCAAGUCAAGAUGCCCAAGUUUAUCGAUUUCCAGCCCUUGUCAGAGCAGAUCAAGAAACCUGAGUUCCUCAUCUCCGAUUUCGCCAAGUUCGACCGACCGGCGCAACUUCAUGUCGGUAUCCAGGCGCUUCACAAGUUUGCGGAGACACAUGACGGUCAAAUGCCCCGUCCACACAACGAUAACGAUGCCCAGGAGAUCCUCAAACUUGCUGGUGAGCUCGCUGCGGCUGGGGACGAGAAAGUUGAAUUGGAUGAGAAGGUGAUUAAGGAGCUGAGUUACCAGGCCCGUGGUGAUUUGAACCCAUUGGCCGCCUUCUUUGGAGGUAUCGCCGCGCAGGAAGUUCUCAAGGCUGUCUCUGGAAAGUUCAGCCCUGUGCACCAGUGGAUGUACUUCGACUCUCUGGAGUCUUUGCCGUCCUCAACUACUCGGUCCGAGGAGAGCUGCAAGCCUCUCGGUACUCGUUACGAUGGCCAGAUUGCUGUCUUUGGUAAGGAAUACCAGGAGAAGCUCUCCAAUGUUACCCAAUUCCUGGUCGGUGCCGGAGCCAUUGGCUGCGAAACCCUGAAGAACUGGGCUAUGAUCGGCCUGGGUACGGGUCCCAAGGGCAAGAUCUAUGUCACCGAUAUGGACCAGAUUGAGAAGAGUAACCUGAAUCGACAGUUCCUCUUCCGGCCCAAGGAUGUCGGUCGCCUGAAGAGUGACUGCGCCUCCGCUGCUGUGCAGGCGAUGAACCCUGACUUGAAUGAUAAGAUCGUGACCCUGCGCGACCGUGUUGGCCAAGACACGGAGCACAUCUUCGACGAAGAGUUCUGGAACCGGCUGGAUGGUGUUACCAACGCUUUGGACAACGUUGACGCCAGAACAUACGUGGAUCGACGCUGCGUCUUCUUCCGCAAGCCUCUCCUUGAGAGUGGUACUCUCGGUACCAAGGGCAACGUCCAAGUUAUCUUGCCGUUCAUCACUGAGUCCUACUCUAGCUCCCAGGAUCCUCCCGAGAAGUCUUUCCCUAUGUGCACCUUGAAGAGUUUCCCCAACCGCAUUGAGCAUACCAUUGCUUGGGCUCGGGAUCUUUUCCAGACCUACUUCGUCGGUCCCCCAGAGUCUGUCAACAUGUAUCUCUCGCAGCCCGACUACAUUGAGCAAACCCUCAAGCAGGCAGGCCAAGAGAAGCAAACAUUGCAGCAUCUCCGUGACUUCUUAGUGACCGAGAAGCCGCUCACCUUUGAUGACUGCAUCGUCUGGGCCCGUCAGCAGUUUGAGGCGCAGUACAACAAUGCCAUCCAGCAGCUACUCUACAACUUCCCCCGCGACUCCAAGACCUCCUCUGGUCAGCCCUUCUGGUCCGGCCCUAAACGUGCCCCGACUCCCCUGAAGUUUGACAGCGGCAACCCCACUCACCUUGGAUUCGUAAUUGCUGGCGCAAACCUGCAUGCCUUCAACUAUGGAAUUAAAAACCCUGGUGCGGACAAGGGCUACUACCGCAAGGUUGUGGAUGAUAUGAUCAUCCCUGAGUUCACGCCCAGCUCUACCGUGAAGAUCCAAGCUGAUGACAAGGAACCUGAUCCCAACGCUCAGCCUGCUGGAGGUGCCAAUGAUGGUGAGGAAAUCCAGCGUCUCGUGGACAUUCUCCCUUCGCCUAAGUCUCUCGCUGGCUUCCGUCUGCAUCCUGUUGAGUUCGAGAAGGAUGACGACACCAACUACCACAUCGACUUCAUCGCCGCCGCCAGUAACCUGCGUGCUGAUAACUACGAAAUCCCCCAGGCGGACCGACACAAGACCAAGUUCAUUGCUGGAAAGAUUAUUCCCGCCAUUGCCACUGCUACUGCUCUGGUCACUGGCCUCGUGGCCCUGGAGUUGUUCAAGGUGGUUGAUGGCAAGGAUGAUCCUGAACAGUACAAAAAUGGCUUCAUUAACCUUGCUCUCCCAUUCUUCGGUUUCAGCGAGCCAAUGCCUAGCCCCAAGGGCAAGUACCAAGGCAAGGAGGGCGAGGUCACCAUUGACCAGCUCUGGGACCGCUUUGAGCUCGAAGACAUUCCUCUUAAGGAUUUCCUGGCUUACUUUGAGAGCCGAGGCUUGGAUAUCACCAUGGUCAGCUCGGGUGUGAGCUUGCUGUAUGCUAGCUUCUACCCUCCUUCCAAGGUCAAGGACCGCCUUCCUCUACCAAUGAGCCAGCUGGUAGAGUUUGUUAGCAAGAAGCCCGUGCCAGAGCACCAGAAGAACAUUAUCUUCGAAGUGACCGCGGAGGACCAGACCGAGGAGGAUGUGGAGAUUCCUUAUGUUAUGGUCAAGCGGGCGAAAUAA